AGUGGGUGUUGUGUACUGUUCAGUUUAGUGUUUACCACUUCUCACUUCUCGACAUCCAUACAGAUUUUCAUCUUACAACCAUUUAGAUAUUUCGAGUCGCAGUGGUAGAAUAGCCGCAGUUACCAGUCGGUAACGUUCGACAAGAUUUUUACGCGAAGAGCACCAAGAGUGUCGAAAUAAACGACGGUAACGAUGACCACGCGCACGUGGUUUUAGUGAUUAAGUGGACGUAGAUUAGUGAUUUUAUUUGUAGUGAUGAACUAGGUGAUAAGAAAUAAAAUACUCCCGUUCGGAGAUGUUGUCGAAUGUUGUUAUCCCGCUGUUGGGCUGUUUCGUCGUCUUCGUUUAUACUACGGAUAUAUGUAAUCCAAAAGCGUGUCAACGAGACGGUGAUAAUCAAAAACCAGUUUGUGGUACAGAUGGGCUCACCUACCCUACCAGAUGUAUAUUCGAAAAAGCCCGUUGUAAAAACAAAAACGUAACCAUAGAAAAAAGAGGACCUUGUAAAAAACUUCGACCAUGCUCUGAAUGGAGUAGUUUCAACCUACAGAAUCCUAUAUAUAAUAAUACCUUCUCACCAAAAUGUCGACCAGACGGUACGUACGAUUCGGCACAGUGUCAUUAUGGUGCGCAUUUUUGUUGGUGCGUGACACCAGAAGGAAUACCUCUACCGUAUACCUCAUCAAAACUAAGAAAUGACAAAACCCCUAAAUGUGGAAGAAAGAAAUCUACAAGGAGGAGAUCUUCUACGUCAGGUCAACAAAAACAACAGAGAAAUAGGAUAUGUAAACGGCAGGAUAAAUCGAUGAUGAAUAAUAAUUUAAUAGAUAGCUUUCAUAACGAAUUUACACGGUUUUCUGGAAGAAAUGAUAGUGAUACUGUAAUAAUUACCUGGAAAUUCCAGACGUUGGACCAAAAUAGCGACCACAUUCUGGAUAAAUUCGAAUAUAGAGAACUAAGAAAACUUGUUAGAAAAGUAGUUAAACCCAAAAAAUGCUCCAGACAUUUUCCCAGAUCUUGUGAUUUCAACAAAGAUGGAAAAAUCAGUUUACAAGAAUGGGACGACUGUCUUACGAGAGUAGCAAAAAUGGAUUUGGACGACGGGCGCAGCCAGAACACAUCCAACGACAGUGAUGGCGACGAUAACGACAAUAAUGAUUAUGCAGAAGAUCCAUUCGGACCUGGAAAGUCAACACCACCUGAAGUUCUAGGAAGCUUUGAUGAAGAAUCUCCUGAAGUAACAGAAGAUCCAACUGAUUGUUUGUCUGAUAGAAAAACAGCGUUAGCAGAAGGUUACCAAUUGUAUGUACCUGAAUGUACACCAGACGGCAGAUAUCAAAAGAUUCAGUGCUACAAAUCUGCGGGAUACUGUUGGUGCGUGAACGAAGAUACCGGAAAAAAUAUUCCGGGGACGUCAGUGAAGAAUGGUACCCCCAAUUGCGAUCAUUUGAAAGCAAAUACCAAAGUUAUGAAAGGUUGUCCGGAUGACAAGAAAUUUAUAUUUCUUAAAGAACUCAUUCAGUUCUUAUACAAUAAAAUGACGGAGAUUACCAAUGGUACAAAUACUAGUAGCUUUAACAACCUCGCCUGGAAGAAGGAUGAGCAAGUUGCGACGUGGAGUUUUGUCAUUUUCGACAAAAAUAAAAAUAAAAUGUUGGAAAGAAGUGAGUGGAAAGCAUUUAAGGAUAUGGUAGGGGGCGUUAAAGGGUUAAGAAAGUGCGGCAAAAAGUUGCCGAGAUACUGUGAUAGCAACAAAGACAGACAAAUUAGUAUGACAGAAUGGCUAGAAUGUCUUAGUAUAAAACAAGGUGUCAGUAUUCCAAAUUUACAUGCAUCGCCGAGAGCAGGAAAAACGAACCCACUCAAUAUGUUAAAAGACGAUUAAUAGUUACAAAACGAAAAUAGUGUUAAGUGAAUUAAUUAGUGAACUUCGAGAAAUUAAUCAUGUAUUUAUUACUAUCUACAAAAUAAUCUAAACACCGUUUAGAAGGUGCAAUUUGUAUAUAUUUAUAUAUUUCAGCAUUGGUUGAGAAAUGAUAAUUUAUGUGUUCAAGAGGUUUUGCAUAAAAACAUUAUUGUCAAUAUCAUUUAAGUGAUUAUUUACUCGAUGGACUCCAGUGGACACAAAGACUGGUUAAGUUUAACCAAUAAAACUGGCUGUAAUGCCUUCUUGAGUCUUGUGAUUAUAGUGUAAUGUAUAGCUUUUUUCUUUGUAUAUGAGUUGAACAAAUUUAUUCAAAAAAACAUAAAUAAUGCUAUAUCUAAAUAAUAGUGUAGUUGAAAAUAGAAGAAAUAUUGGCAAAACCACUUCAUCUUACAGUUCAAACAGUAAUAUGGUAAAGAAUUAGAAAACAUAUUAUAUUGACUUGUUUUUUUCUAAUUUCUUUUUAAGCUCAUGAAAGAGGUUUUGUAGAUGUUUUACUUGAUCUACUUCCACAUUUUUUUUUUGAAUAAAUUUGAUAACGACACGAAAGCCUAUUUUAUAUGUAUAUAUUAUAGAAUAGAAGUUGUGUUAAAUUAUUGAACAAUAAAAAGAACAUCUAAUCAGUUUUAUGUGAAAGCUAUAUUGAAAAUAUUUCAAUUUACUACCACAAACUUUUAUUAGAAGCACUUGAAACUUCCAUGCCAUAGCAAUCCAUUUAAAAAAAAAUAGAGAGAUAAAAAGAGUGGUAUCCUGAGUCCUUUUUUCCUCUAACAGUUGGUCAUGGCUACUUGAAUCUUGUUCUCUAUAUCAUUAAUAGUAAUUCUAUGCAUAUAACAAAUUAAAAUUUUCUAAUACACACGUUAUUACAAUCUAGAAUCUACCAUGAUAUAAGACAUCAUGGAAUCUACUAACUCCAAAAAUGACAUAAGUCAAAUUCUUCUUUUUUUGUUGACCACAGAAUUAUGUUUAAUAAGAGAAGCAUUAUACUUAGUAAAAAAUGAAGCUCAUAACAUUUUCAGUAUGGCUAUCAAACCAUAAUUACUUAAUCUAAUCUUUAUUUAUUUUGAAAACAUACUCGACAUAAACUGUUAUUUAUAUAACUAGUUAUUUAAAGAAUGCAAAUCUACUGAAAAUAAUGGCUUUAGAUAAAAGUUUCUAUAUAAUAUAGGAGCUGAUAUAAAUGGUUGAAAAAGUUGAAAUUCAAAAAUUUCUCUCGCGGCUAGAUAUGGUCAUAUCAGGUUCAAAUUUUCAGGAUCGUCUCCUGUUUAGGUGUACUUUCGAGGAAAAAAUCGCUGAUUCAACUGCGCACAUUUUCGUCAAAAAUCGAUGGAUCUGUUCAUAGGUUUUCAUAAUUGUCAUGUCAAAUGUCACAUUAAGAUGAAACUAGCAAAGUCAAGAAGAUCUUGCUAUACAAUAAGACAAAAUACAUAAUGAAUAAAAGAAUUCAAAUGAUAAAAUAUAAUAAUUUAAUUUCAAUAACAUAAUUUAAUAUAUGUCUAAUAAUUAGUAUUGAUCCUACUUUUUAUGUGACACGGUAUUAAAAUCUUAAUAAUACUAAGAAUUUCUGAUAUAGGCAUUUUCAUACGGCUACAAUUAUUUAUUUAUUGUUCGAGUAUCUUGAAAAUAAGCAAAUUUUACUUUUUAAUUCGCUUUGUAUUAUAUAAUUUUCAUAAUAAAUAAAUAAAACAAUAAACUUGUCCCUGAUUCUACCAUGAAUUUAUAAAAAGCCCAAUAUAACUGUUGUUGUUUGUUUUUAUGCUUUUUAUAUUAAAAUUAUUAUGGAUUAAGUAAUAAAAGUUGAUGUUAUUCUUUCAACACCCUCGCACAAAAUAUUUGUGUUGCUCAAACGUUUUUUAGAUAUAGUGGAACUUAACCAAGACUGAACUGAUGCACAUUCUAACUUCUAUAACUCUAAUAUACUACAAUUGAAAGUAUGGCUAAUAAAUACAUGUCAUUAAUAUAAAAAAAAUUUAAGACGCAAAGAUUAGUUAGAGAAACACAAAUUAGCAUAUAACUAAUACAAAUAACCAAUGUGUCUUUGUUAAAGUAUUUCAAAUAAAAAUAAUUUUUGUUACAAAA